CUCGGCUGUAGCCGCGGAGAAGGGAGGACCCCUGGGAGCGGGACCCCGGCGUCCGAUCGCCCAGCCCUGUUCAGGCUUGGGCCCGCAUGGAGGGGACAGUGGAGUCCCAGACACCUGACCUGCGAGACGUGGAGGGCAAGGUGGGCAGGAAGACCCCUGAAGGGCUGCUCCGCGGGCUGCGCGGCGAGUGGGAGCCAGGAAUCUCUGGCGCCCUGCUGCUCCCGGCUGAGCCUAGCUCGGGCCACGGCCUGGGGGACAAGAUCAUGGCGCUGAGGAUGGAGCUGGCUUACCUGCGAGCCAUCGAUGUGAAGAUCCUGCAGCAGCUGGUGACCUUGAAUGAGGGCAUCGAGGCCGUGCGCUGGCUGUUGGAGGAGCGGGGGACGUUGACCAGCCAUUGCAGCAGCCUCACCAGCAGCCAGUAUAGCCUGACAGGCGGGAGCCCCGGCCGCUCAAGGCGAGGCAGCUGGGACAGCCUGCCAGACACCAGCUGCACUGACCGGCUGGACAGUGUCUCUCUUGGCAGCUUUCUGGACACGGUGGUCCCCAGUGAGCUGGAUGAACAGGCCCCCCCUGGGGCUCCCCGUCCUGAGAUGGACUGGGCAAAGGCUAUACCUGGUGGGGAGAGGGGCAGGACUGAGGUGGACCUGACGGCCACCAGGCUAGGGAGCUUGAGGGCCGUGUGGAAGCCCCCAGGGGAGGGGCUCCAAGGUGGACCACCUGAGUCACCAGAGGACGAGAGUGCCAAGCUGGGCUUCGAGGCCCACUGGUACUGGGAGCCGUGCCAGGACGAUGUGACCUUCUUGUAACAACUUUCCCACCCUUUUGUAUUCCUGUGGCUCUUUCAUCUCUUGGCCCUUGUCUCCCCCAAAAUUUAUGCUCCCUCAAUCUGGGACUGGGAAGAAGCUGCACUGAAAU